AUGCAUCUCGAGAAGCUGCAUACUGUUCCACGGGAUCCUCUCUCCGAGCAGGAGAAUUUCACAGACGCGGCCACCCACACCAGCAGCGCCCGAAUUAUAAGACAUCGGGACACCGGAAAGAGAAACACUGCCCUGUGGUUGGUGGGGCGGAGGAGCCAGACGGGAGUGCCAGUGUGCUGGGAAAGACCGGUGCCGGAUAUCUCAGAAAAGCCAGGAUACUUGGGGCGAUUCACGGUCGAAACCCGCGUCGAAGAAGUGGGACUGGGCCGGGAGAACGGGUAUCAGAUGCAGCCGGGGGGGUAG